AACGGCGGCCGAUAACAGUUGGCUGGAAACUUUCCAUCGAAGAUCAGUUGCACUUACCAGCUGUGUAGAUAAGAAUUUUAAAAACUUUCGGUGAAAUUAUCCCAGAGGUUGAAAUUAACAUUCGAACAAAGGUCAUCGUGCGUACUUAUCAAAGAAAGAUGCUGCACUCAAAUCUCUUAAGAUUGAUGGCCCGCGGGGCUCCAAGUAGAAUGAUGUCCACCGCCACCAAGUUGACUACCGUGGAAGUAAACGAUAAGACAGGAAUCGCCACUCUCACGAUGAACCGGCCUCCGGUGAAUAGCCAAAAUGUCCAACUACUGUUGGACCUGCAGACUUCCAUCAGAGAAAUCGAGAACAACAAAAGUCGGGGUCUCAUUUUAACCUCUGCCAACUCCAAUGUGUUCUCAGCUGGCCUGGACAUCUUCGAAAUGUAUAACACGGACGUGGAGCGGCUCCGAACCGUUUGGACCGAACUGCAGAAUGUAUGGAUUGCCCUCUAUGGAACCACUUUGCCCACGGCAGCAGCCAUCAAUGGCCACGCCCCCGCUGGCGGUUGCCUGCUGGCCACUGCCUGUGAGUAUCGAGUGAUGCGGCCCAAUUUUUUGAUUGGAUUAAACGAAGCCCAACUAGGAAUCAUUGCACCCAAGUGGCUGAUGUCCGGCUUCGCUAAUAUACUGCCCAAACGUAUGGCAGAGCGAGCUCUCACACAAGGCCGCAUGUUCACCACGCAGGAGGCUUUUGAAGCUGGCCUGGUCGAUGAGAUCGUCAACACCAAGGAAGAGGCCUUGGAGAAAUGCGCUGCCUUCAUCGGCACCUUUGCUAAGGUGAAUCCUUUGGCCCGUGGACUGACCAAGCUCCAGUUCCGUGCCGACAACAUUAAGGAGUUUGAGAAAAUUCGCGAAAAAGAUGUUGCUGACUUUGCAGCUCUAGCUUCUAGCCCGGGAGUGCAGAAGGUUAUGGGCAUUUAUCUUGAAAACCUAAAGAACAAGGGCAAGAAGUAAUAAACCUAACUUUAUAAUCCGUAA